AUGGCAGCUUCUCAGGGACAGCUCAUGUUCCAGGAUGUGGCCAUAGACUUCAUUCAAGAGGAGUGGGAAUGCCUAGACUUCGGUCAGCGGGACCUGUAUAGGGAUGUGAUGUUAGAGAAUUACAGGAACCUAGCCUCCUUGGGUGUCGUGGUCUCUAAGCCGGACCUGGUCACCUUUCUGGAGCAAAUGAAGAAUUCCUGGGAUGUAAGGAAAACGGACACAACAGCCACAUACCCAGGUAGGUGUGAAUGGAUGGAACUGAUGACUCAGGCUCCUCAAUCUUCAGAUAAGGAUUCUAAAAGUAAUAUAUGUAUGUAUAUCUUUUAUCGAGCAUCAGGGCUUUCACUAAAUAAGAGUACACAUACUGGAGAGAAGACUUACAAUUGUAGUAAAUAUGAUGUUUCUAAUCAGGCUUCAAAACUUAUUGCAGAGCAGAGUAUUCAGAAUCCACAGAAAAACUACAAGUGUAAGAAAUGUCAGAAAGUCUUUACUAAUGCACUCAAUCUACAUAAACAUAGGACAAUUCAUACAGGAUGGGAUACUUUCAAAUGUAUAGAAUGUGACAAAGCUUUUAAUCAGAGUUCAAAACUUAGUCAACAUCAGCAAAUCCAUAUUGGCCAGAAGUCUUAUAAACGUAAGGAAUGUGGCAAAGGCUUUAGCCAGCCCUCAAGACUUACUUAUCAUCAGAGACUACAUACCCGGGAGAAGUCUUUUAAAUGUAAGGAUUGUGGCAAAGCCUUUAAACAGUGCUCAUGUCUUCAUAAAUAUCAGGUAAUUCAUGCUAAAGAGAAACCUUAUAAAUGUCAAGAAUGUGGAAAGGCUUUCAGUCAGUACGCAGCUCUUAUUCAACACCAGCAAAUUCAUAGUGACGAGAAGCCUUAUAAAUGUAAGGAUUGUGGCAAAGGCUUUAUUCAACGCAGAGGGCUUACUUGCCAUCAGAAAAUUCACACCGGAGAGAAACCUUAUAAAUGUCAAGAAUGUGGAAAAGUUUUCAGUCAACACGCAACUCAUAAAAAACACCAGCGAAUUCAUACUGGAGAGAAGCCUUAUAAAUGUAAGGAUUGUGGCAAAGGCUUUCGCCGGCGCUCAGGUCUUACUUGCCAUCAGAGAAUUCACACUGGAGAGAAACCAUAUAAAUGUCAAGAAUGUGGAAAAGCUUUCAAAUGUGGGAACACCUUCAUGAACAGUUCUGCUGUUAGUAGACAUUGGCGAAAUCAUAGUGGGGAGAGACCAUAUAAAUGUACAGAAUGUGGCAAAGCCUUUAAAUAUAACUUCAUUCUUACAAGACAUCUGCUAUUUCAUACAGGAGAGAAUCCCUAUAAAUAUACAGAAUGUGGGAAAGCCUUCAGUGACAAAUCAAAACUCACUAAUCAGCUGCAAGCUCAUAAUGGAGAGAAACCGUAUAAAUGCACAGAAUGUGGCGACGCCUUUAGUCAGAACUCAACUCUUACCUAUCAUCAACGAAUUCAUACUGGGGAGAAAGCUUAA